CCCUGUUUGCGGCGUAAGAUAAAUUACCUUCCAGCGUGCCGACAGCGAUUCGCCACCUUCGAAGGAAUUUCGUCUCGAAUUUCCAGUAUUUGUCGGUAUCGGUGAUACCAGGAGCAGGCAAAGGUGUAAAUUCACACUUGUGGGGGUAACUGACACCGUUUUGUUGACGUGUGAAGAGGGGUUUCCCGAACGUGGAUACUCGAGUGGGUGGAAUUUGUCAAUGAAUAGAGCAGUGGUGCCAGUAUGUCUGGGCUGGCAGGUAAUGAGGAAAUCGCUGUGUUGGAGGCCUUUCAGUGGCUAGAAACGAACAGCGCCGAUGAAAUUGACACCAUUGAUGUGAAAUCAGACACCGAGAGCACCGAGCAGGUGCUGACGGAGAAAACGAAGCGACCCAGGAAGCCGAAACGACGAAAAAGAGCGCUGACGGGAGUCAGUCGACAAAGAAGGGCGGCGAAUGCUCGCGAACGGCGGCGCAUACAAGGUGUGAAUACGGCAUUUGUUGAACUUCGCAAAAUUCUCCCUGUUUUCACUCACGACGAAGUCUCCAAGAUAGAUAUUCUUCGACUGGCGGCGAAAUGGAUCGCUCACCUGACGACAGUCUUGAUCGAAGACGAAGAAAAUCGAUUCCGAUUUCAGUCGCCUCGAAGUAUGGAUUUUGAAAAUGACGACGAACAUGAUAACGCAGACCAAGCUAGGUUGCCCGCAGACUUACAAGAAAAACUCAAAGUGGCUAAAACUGUCAACGGAAAAGAAGACAAUUUUGAAAUAUGUUUUCUGUCAGAACCGUCGUCUUGCCAGUGGGACAUGUCGCCGAUUUCGUUCGAAAUGGACACUCAGUACAGUAAUGUUAAUAACAAUAUAGACUUUGCGGUUAAUCAUAACAUGAAAUAUACAGCUAGUAUGACGCCUAUCCUGCAAUACACCCAACAAGACAAUAGUCGAGCCUGUUUUUUGUCAGGAAAUGGUUACUUUAACACGACCGGCUACUCAACCGCUGCGAUGCAGUUUGGAAACUGAUAUUAUACGAAAACGUGAUCGCAGAUUUCGCUAAUACCACGAACAAAAGAACAUCUGCCGUACCGUUCAGCCGCUACCACUCUGGGUCUAUGCGAAAGAGACUCACAACUAUGACUAAGAUGGGGUUUGAAAUUAUUAUGUUGCAAUAAUUCAGUGUCUUGGUACAGUACUGUUUGUUGUCAUUGGCAACGGGAAUCGCACGGUCUAUAUUGUUUGCGGACUUAUAUUCACACCGC